CUCGCUGACGAAACUCUUAGUUAAAUUUAAAUAGUUGUCGUGUUCAGUUCGUAGCUUGGAUUGUGCGCGUUUUUUGCUGCAGCAACGAUUCUACAAAAAUAUUUUUAACGUAGACGCGCGCUCACAAAUACAUUGGCAAACCCCGCGUAAGCCGCCGCGUCUUAGCAAACAAAUACAAGUGCCGCUCGCCCGCACGCCGCGCGUAUUUUAGUUGUUGUUGCUGCUGUAAAAAAUGCUGCUACGCUGUGGGAUAGGAGCAGCGCUGCUGCUGCUCUGCUGCUUUGCAACGAAUGCAGCUGCCGCAGAGCUGGCUGACAAGUUGCGCGAUGAUUCGGAACUUUCGCAGAGCACAUCCUUCAAGCGCAUUAUGCCGGCUAGGUUCUAUAGCCUGCUGGAGCAGAAUCCUGUGGCCAACUCGACGCUCUCGCUGCGCUCCUGCACGAUCUUUGUGCCCACAAAUGAAGCCUUCCAGCGCCACAAAGGCCCCACACAUGUGCUCUACCACAUUACCACCGCUGCGUUCAACAAAGAUCAGCUGCAGAAGACCAUGACAUCGGACAUGGAUGGCAAUCCGCCGUUGUAUAUAACUAAAAAUCGCAAUGGCGAUAUUUAUGUGAACAAUGCGCGCAUUAUUCCCUCACUAAGCGUGGAGCUGACCAAUGCUGCGGGCAGGCGACAGGUUAUGCAUGUCAUCGAUGAGGUGCUGGAGCCGCUGACUGCGUCGCAAUCCGCCAAGGCUGAUGUCAACAAUCUGGAUGCAAUGCAGUUCAUGCAGCAGGCAGAUCAUCUGAACGUUGGUGAGAACAAUCGUCUGCGCACCUAUCGCUCGCAGGUGUCGCUGAUGAAGAAGGAAUCGCUGUACCAAGCGCCUGGCACACACACGUUCCUUGUGCCUGUGGAUGAAGGCUUCAAGCUCUCGACACGCAGCAGCUUAGUUGAUGCCAAGGUCAUUGAUGGCCAUGUUAUACCCAACACUGUCAUAUUCACUGCCGCCUCGCAGCACGAUGAGCCCAAGACUUCGGCUGCUUUUGAGGACCAGCUCAAGGUUACCGUCAGUUUCUUUAAACAAAAGGAUGGCAAAAUGUAUGUCAAGUCCAAUACAAUCAUAGGCGAUGCCAAGCAUCCAACGGGCGUGGUCUUAGCCGAAAUUGUUAAGGCCAACAUUCCAGUUAAAAAUGGCGUUGUGCACUUGAUUCAUCGUCCGCUUAUGAUUAUCGAUACGACCGUCACACAGUUCCUACAGAAAAAUUUUGGGUGUAAUUCGUUCAAGUUCCUGAACGACAACGGCGAGAACGGCGCACUGCGUAAAUUCUAUGAGGUUAUUAUGGAUGCUGGCGGCGCUGUGCUUGAAGGCAUUAACAAUCUGUCCGAAGUGACUAUAUUGGCACCCAGCAAUGAGGCUUGGAAUGUGAGCUCCAUCGACAACAUUAUCAGAGAUCGCAAGCGCAUGACUGAUAUACUCAACAUGCAUAUUAUCAAGGAUCGUCUAAACGUUGACAAAAUUAGACAAAAGAAUGCAAAUAUGAUUGCUCAGGUGCCCACAGUUAACAAUCGCACCUUUUUGUAUUUCAACAUUAAAGGCGAAGGCGGCGAUGCUGUUGUCACUGUUGAGGGUGGUGGCGUCAACGCCACUGUAAUGCAGGCUGAUGUGGCUCAAACUAACGGCUAUGUGCAUAUUAUUGAUCGCGUUUUGGGCGUACCGCACACCACUGUGCUGGGCAAGCUGGAAACUGAUCCGAUGAUGAGCGAUACCUUCAAGAUGGGACAGUUCUCGCAUUUUACCGAUCAACUGAACAACACGCAGCGUCGUUACACCUUCUUCGUGCCCCGCGACAAGGGCUGGCAAAAGACCGAACUGGACUAUCCCUCGGCGCAUAAGAAGCUCUUCAUGCGUGACUUUGCCUAUCACUCCAAGAGCAUUUUGGAACGUCAUUUGGUUAUUGCGGAUCAUGUUUAUACCAUGAAGGAUCUGGCGCAAAUGUCGCUUACCACCGAUCAAGUGGUGCUGCCCACAUUCCGUGACUCGCUUAAGAUCAAGGUCGAGGAGGAGGCUGGACAUCUACAUGAUGAGUCUGCUAGUCAUGAAUGGACUGGCUAUGUGCUCACCUGGAACUACAAGAAGAUCAAUGUCUAUAGGCCGGAUGUGGAGUGCACCAAUGGCAUAAUACAUGUCAUCGAUUAUCCGCUGCUGGAAGAGAAAGACGUGGUCGUAAGCGGAGGUAGCUAUUUGCCCGAAUCAAGCAUUUGCAUCUUGUUGGCCAACCUCAUAAUGAUAACCGUAGCAAAGUUCUUGAACUAAACACAUUAAUCAUUAUGUAAAAAGAAAAAACCAGACAACAAACGAUACACAGCCAACACAGUCGCAAUCAAAAGAAUGAAAACAUAAAAACAGCAACAGCAACAACAACAACAGCGAAUAAGCAACAACAAAAACAACAGCAAUGAAUAAUCAAAUUGAAUAACCAAAAUGAAAUUAAGGAUUUCAUAUGUUUAGCACAUGUUGUUGUUACACACACACACACACACACACAUAUGUACAUUGUACAUUCAUACAUAAUACAUGAUGAACUUUAAACUGUAUUUUAUACAUAUGUGUCACGCCCACUCUCACACACACACACACAUACCGAACAUAUAAUAAUUUUCAUUGCUUUGUAUGAAUCUCGUGGUGUACAUUGGAAGAACACGUUUUACCCUACCAUGGCCUUAUGUAUGAUAUGAAUUAUACAAUUACGUUUAUAAUUACAAUUUAAGUUCAUUUAGGUUUUAUUUCAUUUAGUUUCGUUCUUAAGUGUAUAUUUUUUGUCAUGUUUAGUUAAUAUUGUACGUAUUUAUGAUUUGUAAAAUGUUUAAAACUAAGUAGAAUGCAUUUGUCCAAGCAAGCUAAAGCAAUAAGCACACACACACACACAAUUACAACAUGGAUACAUAAAUGCCACAGACAUGUAAUGAAAGUCAUCAAUACCUUUUAAACUAUGUGAAAAUUUUAAAUAGUAAACCCGAAAUGUUUUUAUUUUUAACUAAAUAAGUUUAACAAAACGCAAAAAUAACAUGCAUAAUAUUACAAAUUUAAGCAGCAUUCUUGUCUAUCUAGGUUAAAUAUGUAUGCCUACAAAUAAAACAAAAAAUCAAAACAAAUUAGCUACGAACAAAAUUCGCCUACUAACAAACAGACAUCAGUAGAUGUAAAAAACCCCAUACUGCACUCCAGUUUGUAAUUUCGUUAAAUACCGCUAUGCAUGUUAGCGCCUCCCCCGCUCUCCAACAAACACACUUAAACAUGAUCAACUAUAUACGAUCGUACAUAUACUACUAUAUACUACAUGCAAUGGCAACUGCAAGUUCAACUUCAUACAACACCAGCAAACAAACAAACAAACAAAAAACUUUACUAUACGAAACACACUAGUUCUCGUGGGUACUGUACAUGAUUUUGAUACAACAUUUUCACAUAUUUGUGCAUAUUUUUGCUUGUGCUUUGAAUAGGCCUUGCCUGCCAAACAGCAGUUGUAUUUUCAACUUUGUAUGUAGUUAUCAUAAACAAACAUGAAAAACGAUUAAAAACUAACUAGUUUAUUUUGUAGUCUGUUAUGGGCAGUAUCAAAAUAACUUGGCUAAGAACUUGGCCAAAACCCGAGCGCUAACUUUAAACAACUCUCUUUCUAUUUUCUCUAUCUCUCCCACAUAUAUAAUGCUACAUAUGUAUAUUUAUAGGUUAGACAUUGUAACUAGCGUGUGUGUGUCCUUCCUACCAAACAGCUCGACAUAUGUUCUAUCGCAUAUACAUAAACC